CCAUAGCUGCAGUCACUAAUCGUGUCUGAUUUUUCUUUUCUAACGUGCUUUUCUGAAUUAUGUAAACCCUUGAACAAGUGCCUGUUUCUAGAAAUUCACCACCCUGCAACCCAUCGAAAUAACAAUGCUGGGUCCUAUUUUCAUUAUCAAAUAGUAACUUUUGAAAAGUGUCCUUUAAAACUAAUAACGUGAACGCUUCAACAGGAGUGAAAAAUUAUCUACUAGUGGCAAUGGCUCAACAUGUGUUCACCUUAAUUCAAAUUGGUUUACUUCUAACCACGCUUCAGUUCAGGUGUGCACUUACUGAUGAAAGUUAUUAUGGCAAAAACCAGUCAUCGAUUGCAAAAAUACCAUCAAAUGGAAGCAACACCGUACAGGCAGACUUCGAGCUGGUUGCUUCAGAAUUGAAUAAUGGUGUUCAGAAUUCUACCAGUGGCAGAGGAUCAGCACAAACCAUAGAGCAACAUUAUGUUUCGAAAUUAGAUAUGUUGAUGAAACCCGACCAAAUUGACAAAGAUGAUGUUAUCGGCGAAUCAUUUCGGGUAAAUCCAUUGGACAUCAACGGUACGCGGAACCUGUUUCUAGAGCAAAAUUUUCCAACAACUUUGCAUGGUUCUUCUAAUAAUAUUGAGCUGAAUGGUGAAAACAACAUGGUCACUAAUGGCGGAUCGAAAGGUGCAGGAGACUCGAAAGCUGCUGGACAUAUUUAUCAAGUGCAUAAUGCAAAGUCCCUCAGAGGCAGAUCGGGAGCUCUGAAAAGCACAGCUGGUGGAGAUAAUGAAACCGAUAGUUCUGAAAACGUUUUCCACGUUUUCACCGGAAUGUAUGAUCAUUUUCAUUGGAAUGUAUCAGCCAUAAAACCACAUCUCAGCUAUGAUUGCGCCAUUGAUAUGGACAUUUACUUGCAACAACUGACUGCGCGUGCCGUUUGGGCAUUAAAAGCGAGCGAUUCAUCUGGCCGGUACGGCGGACAGGCAUUUUUCGGUAACGAUUUUUGGCUUGGUUCGAAGUCAUUUUGUGAAGAAGUCAAUCAACAGAAUGCCAUUAACAACGGCUCGGAAAACUUCAUCGAGAUGAUAUUUUUUGUGGCCACCAUCAGGAUGAAGCUAAGCGACAUAAUGCCUGAGCCUACCAUAUUGCAAAUUGGACAAUGCCUACCCAAAUCGUGUUCUGUUAAUGAUGUGUAUAAAAUAUUACAAGAAGAUCGUAAUUCAAAAAUAAUAAACAACAUGAAAAUGUGCAACAGUAGCUCUGUGAAUUGCAACAAGUUGGAGAUAGUCAAUCUUCGCACAGUUCCUGGCAGUUACAGCUUGCUACAAGAUCCGAGAUUCUUUUUGUUAAGCGUAGCCUUGAUUGUAGUCACUGCGACAGUGGUAUUUGCUACAUAUUAUGAGCGAACAUUAAUGUGUAAAGUUUUGAACCAAGGCAAGAAAACUGCUGUAGUACAACCUAGUGAUGAUAAAUUAAAUGGUUUGGAAAAGCUGUUCGACUCUGACAACAAAACUAUUGAAUUGAAUUCUGUUCAUGGGAACAACAAUGUGCCGUCCGAAAAAAGUAGCAGGAACAUCGAAUCGUCCUCGAAAAGCAAAAUGAUUUGUAAACUUUCUGAAAUUCUCCUAUGUUUCGCUGCUGGACCGAACUCGAGAACAAUUCUAUCGGUCGACACUUCAAGCAAGGAUUCUAUUACUUGCGUUCACGGACUCCGGUUGUAUUCUCUACUGUGGACCAUAAUGGUGCACACAUAUUUACAGCUGUUUGCAGUUGGUGAGAACAGGUUCAACAGGAAAAUAACGGAGCGUUCAUUCGGAUAUCAGGUCGUAGGGAAUGCCACAUUUUCGGUCGACACCUUUUUCUUCAUUAGUGGUGCUCUGAUAGUUGUACUGUAUUACCGUUCGUGGAAAAAUGAUAAUAAUGCAAGCACAAACAACGGAAAAUCACAUUCGACAACAAGGGCGCUCAUCCCGAAGAUGAACAAAAUCACAUUGUCAGUUUUGUAUCGAUUUCUGCGGCUUACUCCAGCGUAUCUUUUUGUUAUAAUUUUAAAUGAACUGGCUUUAAAAUGGACCUACGAAAAAUCAGUCUUCACCCCAGGAAUCAUCGAUCACAUCACUUGUAAUAAGUUUUGGUGGAGAAAUAUUCUUUACAUCAAUAAUUGGUAUCCGUUCAGCGAAAUGUGCAUGGUUUGGUCGUGGUAUUUGGCAAACGAUAUGCAGUUUUACAUUAUUGCAAUUACCAUUCUAGUGUUUUGCUCUAGGCGAAUCAAGCUGUCGGCUGCCAUACUAGGAAUGUUGGUCCUUGUUUCCUGGAUUAUAUCUAUUCAUUUAUCAAUUCACUUCAAUUAUACCUACAAAGUGGCUGAGCCAUUUGAGUCGUUUGAUAUUUUAUACGACAAACCAUGGCAAAGGAUUACUCCGUAUAUUAUGGGCAUGCUUACAGGAUACAUCUAUCACUUCAAGAAAAAACCUCCAAAGAUUAUGCCGGCACUGAAUGGUCUUCUAUGGUUCAUCUCGGUGGCCAUACUGUUUGCAUUGGUAUUCGGAGUAUGGAAUGGUCAAUUAUCUGUACCGGCAACAGCGCUCUAUGUGAGCUUAGGGCAUACGGCAUGGGGUGCAGCACUCAUAUGGAUCACGCUGUCUUGCUGCUGGGGUUACGCACCUGCUGUAAAUAGUUUUCUAUCUUACCGUGGUGUUUACCCACUGAGUAGGUUAUCCUACUGCGCCUAUUUGUUACACCCAAUGAUCAUGAUGGCCACUUCUUUUCAAAUGGAGGCACCUAUUCAUUUGCAGCAUGUUAUGGUGAUUACAGUAUUCUUCGGAAAUGCCGUGCUAUCAUUCAUCUUGUCAUACUUUGUGUCUUUAGCGUUCGAAGCACCUGUGAUAAAUUUACUAAAGUUAGCAUUCAAAAAAUGAUCGAAGAACGAUAUUCAUAGUCUUAUACCAAUCACUGUUGUGCGAUAAUUUCAUAUAUUUGGUUAAUUGUUAAGCUUUAUGUGGAUUGUUUCUUUUCUACUAUCGAAGCUAUAAGCUAAAAUUUAGCACUUGAAAAAAACAAAGGUCAUUUACAAUCCAAUCAAUCACUAAGAAAGCCAGCUUAAGAAUAGCAACAUCGUGAAGGGUUGAUCGAUGUGACAAUAUUUCUCAGACCAACUGAAGAAACAUAAACUGGAUUCCUGUUGCCGCUGAAGACUGAUUUUCAAACACAUUUGUGCAUUGCUACGAACUGAUUUCUGAUAGCUUAUCCAGUAACUUUUUUCUAAUUAAAAAUGCUUUUAAAUA